GGUCAUGUGACGCAGCUGCGGCCGCCAUUUUGUUCUGCGGUGCUGGUAUUUAGAGCGCAGCAGCUGCUGGGCCGGUCGCCCUAGCUGCCGCCUGUCCGCCCGCUUUCGCGUCUGUCCACCGCGCCCUGCCCGCGCUCGCCCCAACUUCGGCCCGCAGAGCUCGCCCCUCCCCACCUGCAGACAUGUCCGAGACCAAGAGCCCCGAGUAUGCUUCGUUUUUCGCCGUCAUGGGCGCCUCGUCCGCCAUGAUCUUCAGUGCCCUGGGGGCCGCCUAUGGCACCGCCAAGAGUGGCACGGGCAUCGCGGCCAUGUCCGUCAUGCGGCCGGAGCUGAUCAUGAAGUCCAUCAUCCCGGUGGUCAUGGCUGGCAUCAUCGCCAUCUACGGCCUGGUGGUGGCAGUGCUCAUCGCCAACUCCCUGAACGAGGGCAUCAACCUGUACAAGAGUUUUCUCCAGCUGGGUGCGGGCCUGAGCGUGGGCCUGAGCGGGCUGGCAGCUGGCUUCGCCAUCGGCAUCGUGGGGGACGCCGGGGUGCGGGGCACCGCCCAGCAGCCGCGCCUGUUUGUCGGCAUGAUCCUGAUCCUCAUCUUCGCCGAGGUGCUCGGCCUCUACGGUCUCAUCGUCGCCCUCAUCCUCUCCACAAAGUAGCCCCUCUCCGAGCCCACCAGCCACAGAAUACGAUGUAAAGACCACCCCUCCUCAUUCCAGAACGAACAGCCCGGCACGCAGCACGGGGCGCCCCCGUAGUCGGUCUUGUACAUGCGCAGUGUCCUAGUGCCCGUCCUUGCCCGCCCCACCCCGCCCUGUGCCGCGGCCGCCGGCUGCCCCUCACCCCGCCGCCGGCGAGGACCCUAGAGUGCUGUGUGUCAGGGUGCAUUAGAGCUGUCAUUCCCUCUCACUGGAUGUUUAUUUAUAAAGAGCCGACCUGUCCAUCCGUCUGUGGA